AUGUACGAAAAUAUCGGCGAUUAUGACGUGAAUAGUAAUGACAUGAAUAGUGGUCAACAUUUGCAGCCAUUGAUGGACAUUAGCACCGAAUGUGAUCUUAAGGACACACAUAUGGCACAGACAACACAUCCACACUCAUCCACGUUCACCACCAACUAUGACAACAGCGACUCAUGUGCGGCUCCCACUCAACCCGAAGACCCGGAUAGUAUGGCCUCGACUGUCGGCCCACAGACUAUCGGUGCUGUAAGAGACCGGUUCUGUUGGGUGUGUCAUAAAGACAAGAGUAAUAUCGUCUGCAAACAGUGUCCCCGUAGUUAUCAUCUCAAGUGUAUUCCCGGCAACACUUCCUCCUUAGCUAAUAAUGCCAUAAGUGAUACGAAAAGCAAGACUAACGGCAAGUCCUUUGACUCCUGGGUUUGUGUCGAGUGUAAAGACGUUCUCAAAGAAGAGUCAGAUUUGAUGUCAUUCCCGGACGGCACCGAAGGCUCGUCCACACCCGUAAAGUCACGGUUGGCGCAGAUGUCGGUCGAAGAGAUGUCGCAACAGUUGACGUUUGCGUUGCAGACGAUCCGUCAGUCGGCGGACCCGACGUUUCACAAACCCGUCUCUCCCAUCGUGUUUCCCGAUUACCACCAAUUAGUCCACUAUCCCAUGGAUCUGUCCACCAUUGACAGGAACAUCAAGAAUCACUGGUAUAGGUCUCAGGCGGCCUUCCUGGCGGACAUCAAAUGGAUUGUCCACAACUGCAUUAUCUAUAACCACAGCAAUCAUCCGUUGACCACAAACGCUAAGUAUUUGUCUCGUGUGGCGAAGAACAAGAUGGAGGAGAUGAAGCUCAGUCCGGACUGUAUCCGUAACUUCUACACCAUCACCGACACGUCGGUCGCCGAACCCCGCUGUCGACCGCAACAGUUGGUCGUCGAUCGCAACACGACGACCACCCGUAACGACCAACAGGAAGACUGCUCCGAUGCGGACGUCGACGACGAAGAGAUCUGUCAGUUCUCCAACUCGAGUACACCGGCUCCUCAUAAAUACAAAAAGGGAGACAUCGUUUCGGCGUCCAAUGGGAACCUCAAGAAAUUUAAUGGAAAGCGGUGGCAGAUAUUGUGUUCGCGCGAUGGCUGCACCAAAGAGUCGCAGAAACGGGGUUUCUGUUCGCGUCACCUGUCGAUGAAAUCAAUGCCUCAACAGCACAACCAAUGGUCGGUCAAAGUCUCGUCACUAAACAGAAGUGUCGGACGAGUAAUUAGUGUCGAACCGUUGAUCGAAUCCAAUCACAUAAUGAACUCAAUAUCCGGUGAAUCUCAUCGUCCGCCUCAGCCCACAGCCAAUCAAUCGAGCGGUCAGUUCGACAGCGCAGAGGCGGCCAAUAUGUUGAUGUCUUUGAGCCAUUCGCCCAAUGCGUUUACGAAUGGGUCGGCCGGUGGACAGCAUAACAGUGUCAUCGUUCAGCACAACACAAGUCAGUCUCACAAAGCACUCAACAACCCAUCGGCACAACAAUCGCAUCCAUUGCCACUCAUUUCAUCGCAAUAUAACUACGACUCAAAUCAGACAAACCACUCGUCGGCCACACGACCAAAGCAAUGCCUAACUGAAUCGGCUGCAAACGCAAUUAGGGAGACAUUUCCAAAUUGGCCUAAACAUCCAACAGAUACAACAGUCAAACGAAUCCAUGAUUUAUGGAUACAAAAGUGUGAACUGAAGGACAACAAACGGAUCCGAUCAAAACCUGCGACAAACGACACUAUCACCCAUGAAUACCGGUGCGUUGACAGGGCGUAUAUCGCGGGCGAGAGGUUCGCUGUCACAGUCAUGUACCGUAUUCUUAAAGCAUGGGCAGUUCACAUUGCAUUUGAAACGCUUCUCCGACGAGUGUGUCAUCAAAUGGAUGUUCAGAUUCCAGAGGCUCUUACAGUGCUUCCCGCAGCCCUGGAUAUGGCAGUGAAAGAUCUUGAGGUGAAUGCGAUUCACGUGGAGAUCGAGAUCCGGUUUGUUGGCGAAGAGUUUGCCGCACGAUAUAUACUGACAUUCAAAGGGCGCGAUGGAGUGGACGCGCGAGAGGUGUCGUAUGAGACCUGA